AUGAUCUCCUCUUCUCGCUACUGGUUUGGAGAGUUCGCUACAGGAUGUGAGUAUUACCGUGCCGUGCAGUACUCGAGUAUCAUAGUUACUGUGAGGCCGAGGGGUAUCAUGUGGGGAGGGGAUGUACCAGUAAUUGAGUACAAGCACCGGUACUGGUAUGAUACAGUACCACUUGCUUACCCCCCCCCACCCAUCUUCAUUCACCGCCCCCCCUCUCUAAGUUACUCUGGAAAAACUCUUGAGGUUCCCCGACAAAUGGCGUCGACAAAGCACUCCAGUAUUGGAGUUAAGCUCGUAUGGAAGGGAGAUGAUCCCAAGGUCGACAUCGUGGCUGUUCACGGCCUCAAAGGCGACGUAUACAGAACAUGGACUGCGAAAGGGACCGAGCCGGACGAAAAAGAUGUCUUCUGGCUCAAAGAUUUACUGCCCGGGGAGGUACCCAGCGCUAGAAUUUUGGCCUACGGCUACGAUGCGGACCCAACCAAGAUGUUUGAGAGUGCCAGUACCAAUAUGAUACAUCAUCACGCGACCACGCUGGUUACAGAGCUGCACUUUUAUCGGAGGAAAGCGGGCGAGAAACGGCGACCGAUCGUUUUCAUCUGCCAUUCUUUAGGCGGUAUCAUCGUUAAAAGGGCGCUGAUCCACUCUGCCAACUGCAACCUUAGCCAUAACAUCAUGUUUCGGUCUAUUAAGGUUUCAACCUACGGGAUUCUCUUCCUCGGGACCCCGCAUAUGGGCGCCGAUCUAGCGCGGUGGGGAAAAAUGGCCGAGAUGCUCGUGCGAAUGGUUUCGUCCAAGAGUUGGGUCGAUAGCAACAGCGUGCUGAUCACAGCUCUCGAGAAGAAUAGCGAGACCCUGCAGAACAUCACCGAUGGGUUCUUAGGGAUUAGCAGAGAUUUCCGGUUAUUCUUUUUUUGGGAGGAACUCAAAACGGCCAUUCCGGGAAUGGGGCCAAACUUGAUUGUUGAGUAUGCAUCAGCGGUGCCAGAGGCUUUGCCGGACGCUGGCAAGGCAUCCAUUCACGCGACGCACAGCGAAAUGUGCAAGUUUCGGGACGAGGGUUCUCCGGGCUGGAACACGCUCGCGGGUUGUUUGUGCGAUUUUGUCGCAGAGGCUCCGACGGUUAUCGAGAUGAAGUGGAUGCAAGAGGAUCGUCGCAACGUCCAGGCGAGGCAUGAUUUGGUUUCUAAUAUAAUCCAGUACGAUAUCCAUGCUGAUGUUGGGUUAUCCCCUCCGCCCAUUAUGCCGAGGACUAGAAGCCCGUCGCCGGAUGCGGGCACCGACGUCCUUGAACCUGCUUUGCUAGCAAUUAAAGACACCCCCUUCGCCAAACCGCUAUCGCUACAAGAAAACAAAUACUUCGAAGGUCGAGAAGAAGCACUGUUCAGAUUACAUGCGAUCCUACAGUCGCCGACCCAGGGCGCAGUGACCAUCUCCGGACUCAGCGGCGCCGGAAAGACUCAUUUGGCAAGGGAGUACUUUUUCAAUAGGAAAAGCCACUAUCGUGGGGGUGCCUUCUGGAUCGAUUGCAAACCUAUGAUGCGAACGCUUUCUACCGAAUGUCUAGAUUUGGGGUUUUGUAUGAUCGCCGAAGAACUGGGACUUCUAGGCGAGUGCAGUGGAAACAGCAGCAGGGCUAGUUUGAACGACGACCCGAAAACGACUACUCGGUUGCGGGUUAUGGGGUGGUUUCAGAAACAUGAGGACUGGCUGUUAGUCCUUGACGGGGCAAACGCAGAAACGGACGGAGAGGUGGACUUGUUAGCGGAAUAUAUACCCAAGAGUAAAGCGGGAAGUAUCAUAUUGACCACUUUGAACUCAUCUUUCGCAGGAUCUGCCCGGCUAGGUGCCCCGGAGAAGCUAGAGUUGGAGCCGGUUACGGACGACGAAGCCAUCAGGAUGCUGUUGCACUACGCACAAAUCAAGAACCCAUCCGAUACAGAACUUUUGGCGGCAAGGCAGCUAGUACAACACCUAGGACAUAUCCCACUCACGAUACACUCUGCCGGGAGUUACAUCAAGGGGAAGAAAGUCUCAAUAUCAGAUUACCUAAGAAAGUACGAAAAGCGACCGUUUGUGGAUCGGGAGGAUCUAGAGCCUUUCCACAUAAUUUUCGACCGUCUGGAAGAGCACAGCGAUAGGUACCAAGAAGCAAGGAAUCUAUUAUGCCUGCUAGCCUUCAUGCACCGGGAGAUCCCGUUUCGCAUGCUGAAGCCAGGAAUGAGAGAGUUGCCGCCUAGUGUCAAACUGAUGGCGAAGGACCGUGGACGACGGGACCUGAAUAACACUAUUGGGCAUUUGCUGGCGUACUCACUUGUUGACCGGUGUGGCCAGCAGGAUGAGAAUAUCCAGGUGGAUACGUUAGUCCUGCAUAGUGUCGUCCAAGAUGUGUGUAUUUCUCGGAUGCGAAAGUCAGACGUCAGGAAGUGGCUCCAAUUUGCGAUCAAGAUGUUUUGCGGCUCUUUCCGUUUCAUGGAAGCUUACAAGCGUUCGGACGCAAGGUUCUUGGUAUCGGAUUAUCGACGGUACGAGGUUCAUGGGUUAAGGUUGCUGCAGCAUGCAAAGAAGCGGGAGGUGGACACCCAAGACUUGGUGAUGGUAUUGGACGAUCUAAAGACUGCGAUAAACGACGAUCAGGCGGGGGCUAGGUGCAGUAUGUUCCGUAGUGGUAGCACGAGUGAUAGUGCUCCAGAGACAUCAUCUCCGGAGAGUUCCAGGAGGCCAACGUGGGAGGAUGACACCGUCCAUGAUGAACCGGAGCUUAUCCAAGACUACGACGAGAGGCAAUCGAGACCACCUACGCGUUCGGGGGCCAGUUCUAGAAAUCCCUCUGCCACUCGAAACUGGAAUAUACCACCCCUCAGCGAUGACCACGCCCACGAUUCCGAUUCCGAGGAACUCUGGGGAGAAACACCAAGACCAAGACUGAGCCCCCGCCCUUUAAUGCCACAGAUAGACCAGUCACGUAUUGAAUACAGGUACAAGCCAGCUAGGCUCCCGAGCGCCUGGGUUCCGGGACAAACGCACGUCCAAGUCCGUGCCAAGCCACCAGAUUCACAAGUCACCCCGGAAACGGUGAUAUUCAGUCCCACGACGCAGCCCACCUCUACAUCAGCAAGCUCACCACAGUCACCAACAGAAGCAGCAGGUGACUCCCCCUCAUCGCCAAAAAAGGGCGGAAUAUUAUCAUACGUCCAAGCACUCUUCAAGGGAGCCUGGACACCCGGACCCCCCAUUCCGACGACCACGCAUUCAGGACCCCAAUGGCCGAGUUCCCCCACUGCGCAAGAGCUCUUGCACAGGUCAACAUUCCCGGGGAACCCCCCCCCAGUAGGAGCCACCGGCCACGGCUCCCCACGUCCCCACUCGCGGGGUAGGACCCCGCUCUCCGACCUGGAUCACCUCCACCGCCCGUCCCCAUUCCCACCCCACAUACCUAACCCCGGCCAUGAUCGGAGCCAAAGCCUUCCCUCCCAAAACGCGCACCCAAACUCCCUCCCUGCACGUUCCGGCGGCGACUUCCCACUGCACGAAGGCAGCCAACCGCGAACCCCAAUAAACUACCCGGGCGAGGGCGGAUACCUGGACAUGCCAUUGGCGGCCCCGCAUCCGUUCUCACCCGGCUACGCACCCUCCCGAGAUACCGACCUAUCCUCCAGCCCCAUAGCCCGCAGCAUCGUUGGACCACGCUACCGCUCCGCGAGUCUCGCCUGGUCCGAACCGAUCUUUGGAUCUCCCCCUUCCCUUUCUUCCUCUACGAAUACACACCACGGACUAUCAUCUCACGGGCCCUCCGCAUCGCCGUACUCCCCGCUGGGGUCGUCUUUUGGCGCGGCGAAUUCGGUCAGCAUGCGCCGGGGCAGGUCCGGCGGUGCCAUCGGUGCGCGAUCGCCCAGGAUUGCGAUGCUGCAGGCGGCCGACUCGCCGGGGCAUUCUGCUGCGCAGAUGACUAGAGUCGUAUCCGAGCCUGUGGGCCACGUCGCCGGCAGCGGACCGGGAAGUCCGGGGUUGGGAAUCGGCGGCAUGAGUAUACCGUUUGAUGCGAUCCCGCGGGUCAUCGUUGCGCCCGUGACCCCGGAUGGCGAGAGCACUGGCGGGGUGUGGGGGUGGAGUGGUAGUAUUAGCGGGAGAAGGAGUAGUGCGCCGGAUGAGCAACUGAACGGGAGUGAAGAUGUUGGAAGCGUGGAAAUGGCUAGGAGUCGGAGUGAUCCUGAGGCAAGCACCGGGGGGUGUGGUGGAGUGGUGGGUGAGGGGAUGGAGGCUAUAUAAGUAUUUUCAUUUUGUUUUGUUUCUCCUUUGGGUUGGUGGAUUGAAGUAAAUUGUCACUGGGAGUCCGGACUUGUGCGAUGGUGUUUGUUGGGUUGGAUUGGAUUGUUGAAUACGCUCCCUUCAUUCCCUUCGGUUUGACAGGUAAUUCCUUUCCCUCUUCUGCCUUUUACAAUUUCUUAGUUUUUGGUCAUGGGCUUGCAUACUGGUUCGCACCAUCCUCUACCUCGAGGAGACGGAAAAAAAUGUUAUCAUAUUUCUUUUCAUACAUUUCUGUGUUUAUUAGUUUUUUGCAUUUGGCGCUAGAUCGUGUGUUUAUUUAUUUUCGUAAAAUUGAAUGUUCUGAAGUUAUCAUA